AUCGAGCGAGCUAUUCCCGCGCGAUAUCAUGGUUGCAUGGAGCAAGAAGGGAAUCCCCCCCUCCCCCCCCCGGAAUGUGUUUACGUCGCGAUGCAUCCGAACGGUGAUGGCGGUAACGUCACGACAGCUCGUUAUUUGAUCGAGAUGACGCGGCAGCGACGACGACGACGGUCGAGAGGGCAGUCGUGCGGGUGGCUGAAAGGUCGCGGCCUCCGUCGAUUGAUACGAUUAUAGGGAAUGCACUUUGGACCAAAUGGUCGCGCCGGCUAAGAGGAAUAAAGCGCGACGUUAACGCAUUGCUUCAGUGUUGUCUCGGCCACGCAAGGCGACGCACCGCAAAUCACUUAUUACCCGCUCGCUCGUACGCUCGCUGGAUUUUUUUUUUUUCUCCUUAGAACCCUCGAUUUGUAAGUCGGGGAACUAUGGAUCCCAGCCAAGAGCGACAGUAACAUCAAAGAAGUCGAGCAGCGAAAAGUAUUUGCGCGCAGGUGAUCGCGAACCACGAUCUAUCAGAGACAGAGAGAUAGAGAUCGAGAAAGAGAGAGAGAGAGAGAGAGAGAAAAAGAGAUACAGAGAGAAACUGCGUGGAGCGAGAGAAUAAAAAAGCCGCAUCUUUCGCCGCGAGUCUGUACGCACGUGGUUGCACGUGAUACGACGUUUCGUGUGAACAAGGAGACCGCGGCCACUCAUUGACAUCUUUUUUCUCUUUUUAUUUUUACGUUUUCGUAAAUUCAUCACGUCAAUCAUGUCUACAGAACCAGGUAGCUUCACCUCCAACGGGAGCAUGAUCGUCGUGAGCAACAGGUUGCCGUUUGUGCUAAAGAGGAACGAGACGACCGGUCAGCUGGAACGCAAAGCCAGCGCCGGUGGUCUAGUGACCGCUGUAGCACCGGUUGUCAUAAGCGGAAAUGGGGUCUGGGUCGGAUGGCCGGGUAUGCACAUGGAAAAUCCGAACGAACCGAUCCCCGAAUCUGAUCCCAACGAUCGUACACCUACGGCCGGUCUGUUGUCUCGGAAGGUUGUCGCGGUACACGUUGAUCCCGGCAUCUUUGAUUCGUAUUACAACGGAUGCUGCAAUGGUACCUUCUGGCCACUCUUCCACUCUAUGCCGGAUCGGGCGACCUUCAUCGCCGAUCACUGGCGUGCGUAUUCCGUGGUCAACGAACAGUUUGCCGCUAAAACGGUCGGCGCCUUGGAACAAAUUCAUAAAGAACAGGAGAACCAGCCGAACGGCACGCCGUUGGUAUGGGUUCAUGAUUAUCACUUGAUGUUAGCCGCCAAUUGGAUCAGACAAGCGGCCGACGAGAAAAAUCUCAGGCUCAAAUUAGGUUUCUUCCUUCAUAUACCCUUCCCACCAUGGGACAUCUUCAGACUAUUUCCGUGGGCGGAUGAGAUUCUGCAGGGUAUGCUUGGAUGCGAUAUGGUAGGUUUUCACAUUCAGGAUUAUUGUCUGAACUUUGUCGAUUGCUGCCAGAGGUGCCUCGGCUGUAGGGUGGAUCGUAAGAAUUUGCUAGUCGAACAUGGAGGCAGGACAGUACGAGUAAGACCACUGCCAAUCGGCAUUCCGUUCGACAGAUUCGUCUCAUUGGCAGAGACUGCCACCAAGGUCAUGCAGUCGAAUCAGAAGAUUGUUCUUGGCGUCGACCGGCUUGAUUAUACCAAGGGUCUUGUUCAUAGAUUGAAAGCCUUCGAGAUGCUACUGGAGAAACAUCCCGAGCACCGUGAACAGGUAACAAUGUUGCAAAUUGCAGUGCCUUCACGCACCGAUGUUCGUGAAUAUCAGGAUCUGAAGCUCGAGAUGGAUCAACUGAUCGGUUGUAUAAACGGUCGCUUCACAACACCCAACUGGUCACCCAUACGUUAUAUUUACGGCUGCGUGAGCCAGGACGAAUUAGCGGCAUUCUACAGAGACGCUGCCGUUGCUCUCGUCACGCCACUUAGAGAUGGCAUGAAUUUAGUUGCUAAAGAAUUUGUCGCUUGUCAAAUCAAUAAGCCACCGGGAGUGCUGAUAGUAUCGCCAUUUGCCGGUGCCGGUGAGAUGAUGCACGAGGCCCUGAUUUGCAAUCCUUAUGAAAUUGACGAAGCUGCGGAAGUGAUUCACAGAGCUCUUACCAUGCCCGAAGAUGAACGUACGUUAAGAAUGAAUCAUUUACGUCGACGUGAGAAGAUAUACGAUGUCAACUACUGGAUGAAGUCCUUCCUUCAGGUGAUGGGAUCGCUCGAGGAACACGAUUCCGUGGGUGCUACCACAAUGCAGCCCGUGACUAUGGAUGAUUUCGACGAUUACUUGAGCAAGUAUAUCGGUGAAAAUCAUAAAUUGGCGCUCCUCUUGGAUUACGACGGCACAUUAGCGCCCAUCGCCACUCAUCCUGACCUAGCAAUUUUACCGCUUGAAACAAAAAAUGUUCUGCAAAGGCUGUCCAACAUGUCAGACGUUUACAUCGCAAUUAUAUCGGGCAGAAACGUGAACAACGUGAAAUCGAUGGUCGGAAUAGAAGGUAUCACAUAUGCCGGAAAUCACGGAUUGGAAAUCCUACACCCGGACGGUAGUAAAUUUGUACAUCCUAUGCCCGCCGAAUUUGAGGAAAAAGUGGCUAGUUUGAUGCAGAUGCUUCAGGAACAGCUUUGCAAGGAUGGUGCUUGGGUCGAAAAUAAAGGAGCACUUCUUACGUUUCACUAUCGCGAGACACCAGUGGAAAUUCGUCCCAGGAUGAUAGAGCAAGCUAAAAAACUUAUCGAGGCCGCUGGAUUCAAGGCAUGUGCCGCGCAUUGCGCCAUUGAGGCAAAACCACCAGUCGAAUGGAACAAGGGCAGCGCUUCCAUCUACAUUCUGCGUACGGCGUUUGGUUUAGAUUGGAGUGAACGUAUCAGGAUUAUAUAUGCCGGCGACGAUGUUACAGAUGAAGAUGCGAUGAAAACCUUGAAAGGUAUGGCUGCUACUUUCCGCGUGGCAUCGUCGCACAUUAUCCGCACGUCCGCGGAGAGACGUCUGCCUAGCACGGAUUCGGUGCUCACGAUGCUAAAAUGGGUCGAAAGGCAUCUCAGCAGGCGUAAGCCCCGAAACAGCAUCGACAUCCCGGGCAUUCCAUCACGAUUUCGGCGCAGCAGCGGUGGGAUUACGAUGGAGAUGUCUUAUACGCCGCCAAGAACGCCUCUUGAAUCGAAUUGGCUGAAAGUCUAAUGAGCACGCAAAAACUGUGGACGAAUAAAGUUUAAUAUGAGAUGCCGCAAAAAGCAAAAUUUUAAGAAAGGUAGACUCAAACUAGAUUUUACACUUUUUCUAAGUAGAAUAAGACGCGAUAUGUAAAAAAAGAAGGCGAAAGAAAGUAUUGGUACUUAUUGAUAUAAUGGUUUUCGCGAUUUUGUGUACGAUUAUUAGCGGUAAUAAAAAGAAACAGCUACACACACACACACACACACACACAGAUAUAUAUAUAUAUAUAUAUAUAUAUAUAUAUAUAUAUAUAUAUAUAUAUAUAUAUAUAAUUAGAAUCUAUAUCUUUUAUAUAAGAUAAUGUCUUGUGCGUUUUUUCAUACCACCAAAUAAUACUGAUUAUAAACUGGUAUAAACUGGCAGCAUGUAUAUCUGUCUGUUGUCACGAGUUUAUUUUAAAGAGAAAAACUUUCUGAAACUAAUGUGCACAACUGAAUAGCAUCAUUAAAUGUAUAAAAUAUAAUCCAAUAAUCCAAAAAAUUGUGACAGAAAAGUAAGGAGAAAAUAAGAUGUCUCUAAAAAUGCGAUCAAAUUUAGAAUUAAAAAAAAAAUUGUGUCCAAAAAAAAAAAAGAAAAAAAGUCACUAAAAAUGCGACCGAAUUUAGCGAUUUUAACCAGUUAUGUAAAUAAAAAUGAAGAUUUAUUCUAAAGUGAAACUGUCUAAAAUUGUACGAAUAAGAGAGAAAGAGAGAGAGAAAGAAUAUAUAUUUAUAUUAUUUAUUUUAAAAAUUUACUAGAAUGAUAUUUACGGGAAAAAUAUUCAUUUCGAUUAAUGUAUUGUUUUAUUCUUGCCACUUAGGUUCUUUGUUGAAACACUCGGAGCCUCCACAAACAGUACGAGCGCAGAUCGAAUUCAAUAAUCUCGUACUUUCGCCUUCAUAUUUAUUAGUCAAUUCUAAUAUAAUUGCCAGUCACAAUAUAGGCGUAAUAAGCGAGUGAGGUGAUGAGGGGGAGAAAGUACACAAAAAAAACAAAUGUGUAUAUAUAAUGAGACAUAUAUGUAAAUGUUAUUGUAUAAGAUCCUCUUAAAGCAAAAUCUCUCCAUCCCCUUUCCCUCUGUCAUAAAAAAAGGAAAAGAAGAAAAAACGCGUGCUCUAUUUUACGUUUUGUAAGAGUACUUAGUUUUUACCUCAUCAUAUGUUAUUAUACAGGCAGUGUGUGAAAUAAAAACAAACGCGCGAGAUAGUGCGAAUAAACGACCAAAACUGGUUUACUCCCGUUACUGUAAAAGCGAGCUCACAAAACGCAGUGCAGGAAUAAACAUCGUUUAUAAAUUA